CAUAGCGGCAGACUCGCGGGGCAAUGAUGGUCUGAAAGUUAACUAGGAAAAUUACAAUUAUGAAUUUGUUGAGGGAAAGCGACUCAGGCUGAGGAAAUAUGAGCGAAUCCUUCAACAGAAGUUUCGCGACGAGCAGAGGAAAGAUCAGUUAUCAUGAAAGGUACGUUUGUUCCGAAGCGGGUUAUUGAAGGAUCGCUUCAACUUUUAGUGUCCUUGUGGCUUUUUGAUUUUGAAGAUCUAUCGCGAUUUCACCGCUACAAUCCGCUUGCGUUAAUAUUCAAACGAUUUCACAUCUAAUAUGGAUAGAAACAACAUUUUAUACGAUAUGAAACCAUAUUCCCUCAUACACUAAAUAACCCUCAGGAUGAAUAACAAUACUCAUACCAUUUGUCUUUGUAUUUACAUAAACAGACACUCGUUUCGAAAUUCAAUAACAGAUUAUUGCGAUAUAAUUUUUACACCUCUUUUGGUUCAUAAUGAUUUCAAAAAGUUAAGGGCAGCUGUUCUUUUAGCCCUCACACGAUAUAGAAGUUAAUUCUAGCAUGUGGCUGAAUAAAACUUCGUUAAUUAGUCUUGUUCCUUUACCUUCAGCACGCUAGCGCAUGAUAGAGUUCGAAAGAAUAUGUUAAUACUUUCUUAUUUACAUAGUUGUGUGGCGUUGAUCGACGCAGAAAGAAUGGAAAUUAUUGACUAUCUUUAAACGAGUAUCUUAGGCAAGACGAGUAAUGUAAGAUAGAGUUGUUCUUUGGAAAAUUCCUCCGGUUUUGAAAAUGUUGCUUUUGUGCUUUCGUGCUUCUGUUCAUUUCCGGUCACCGAUUUGCGUGUUUUCGGAAAGCAGCAAAGUCAUAAGGGAACGUUUUCCAAAAUAUCUUUAAUGUAGGGUGAGGAACUCUUUACACAUUCAGUCAAACUGUCAGAAACAUUUUCCCAGCUGUCCAACAUACGUCAGACAGGUUGACAGACACAAACAGUGUAUAGCACACCUAGCGAACUCAGCAUGUCACAUUCUGUAGAUCAAGCAGAUGCAGUGCACCUUCAGGCAAAUUGCUUCAUGACAAAUGUAUUGCUAGGUGUUUGCAGGUGAACCCAACUUGCAUCCAUGUUAAGAUGAGUCAUUUGGAAUUGCUAAAUUCAGUAAGCUUAAGAUUGAUAUUUUGAAUCAGGCUGGCAUUUAAUGGCAAACAAAUAAAGGGGGUAUGUUUUGAAAGAAACUGUGCUGCGUUGGUGGUAGAGGAUAACAGGCCCUUUGUCGGAGUGAUAACAAAGUGCAAACACUUGAAAUGUCAGCUUUUAACUCUUUAUGGUGGCCAAAUUUGAUUAUGGCCACAGCACUACUGAAUGCGGAAAAAUUAGCAGCUAAAAACUAUGAAGACUAAGAAAGCUUAAUUGAAAUGUUUCAUCUGUUCCAGGGAAACUGGAGACAUAAUUUAAGGAAGGAUAAUUUAAUUUUAUAAGGAAGGGGGUGAGGAAGGGGGAUUUAAGUACCUUACCUUCCUCCCCCUCCAAUUAGGGAUGUCACAAGCACAAAUUAUACAUCUCACUGCAUCAGGUUCUUAUAGUUAACCCUUUACACCCUCACAUCAGUAUGCAUAUUCUCCAUUCUGUUCUUUGUACAUUUCCUAAGGUGCUGGCAGGGAGAAUUUGUUUACCAUCAAAUGUUUCUCUCAUUGGUGAUCAUUUCCUUUAUUCUCAUGACCUUAAUGUGUGAUUCAGGGUGAUAUUAUAGGGAAAAAUUAGAUGCUAGUCACUCAUAGAGUUUAAAGGGUGAAUCACUGUACCAUAACUGGAUCAGGGCAAAUUUUGAGGGUAAAACAUGACAUGGUUGAUCAGCAAUGAAUCCUAACCUCCUAUUAAAGGAGGAGAAGGAGUAUUGGUUGAGGAAGUCACAUUCCUCAACUACAUGUACUCUAUGCUAACCAAACAUGGAUAACGACAUUUUUUAUUACAAGAUAUUAACCAAAAAACUGCCUAAUUGUCCUUCUUUUCUUGUUACAACAUGGUAUUGAUCUGCCAGUGGGUAGAAAGGGGAUGAAGUGUCUUUAUUCUAAAUAGAAGGUUAAACAAGGGGCAUGAUAGGAUUCAACCAUGAGGUGUCUAAACAAAAUUUUGUUGGCAACUCCCUUCUUCCCCCCCCCCCCUCCCCCCACACCACAACCCUCAAUCUGGGUUUUCUGUAUUGACUAAUGUAACUUUAGUACACAAUCAUUCAUGGCCAGCACUUCCUCAAAAAUAUACUGGGUUUAAAUUUUUGGGAUAUACCGUUAUAUCAACCAUAAACGCCUGAAAAAAUUGUAGUAAUUUUGUUUCUUGACUUAUCAUACAUGGAGAUCAGGACCAUGAAUAAACCACAAAGUCACAAACUUAAAAUAUUUGUUGUCUAUAGUUAUCUGUCUAAAGCUAACACAACAACAACAAGGAAAUAAUUCCUAUAUCUGAAGUUUUUCUUAAAACUUAUUUCUUAUCAGACUCACAAGCUAGAGAAUUAGGGUUGUUUAAAGGUUGAUUAGUUCAUUUUUAUCAAAUGUUUCUAGGGCUUAAAAUUACUGAUGAAACACUAGAAGAUAGAUUGGCAUUUGAUGAGAUUUUUGUGGAAUACUUCAAUGCUUUCUUAGCAUUGCCGGUAAGUACGCAGGUUAUGUUAUAUUUAAUUUAUCAUGCCACAUACUUUUAUUCACAAGGAAACUUAAUAAUCCAACAAAUAUUGUUAGAUAUACCUACAUUUCUUUUUUGGGCAGUCUUUUAGUUUAGCUUCAACAAUUAAAUUCAUCUUUUACUGGGAGUACUCCUGUUUAACGGAGCCUGACUCUCCACUCAGGAGUAUAGAUGAGUAUAGAAAAACUGUCUGAGUAACUUGGCUAACUCUUAGCAAUUACCCUGCAAUGGAGUCUAAGCAUUCUAUCCAGGGCCCAGAGUUAAGCAACACUGACUUACUCAGGGGUCUCAAAUGGUUUUGAAGUGGGUGUCAGACUCAACAAAAGUAAGUGACUGUAAAGGGUUCAUUAAGGGCCAAAAGGUAAUGAUUUUGAACAGAGUACCCAGCAAUAUGUUAUCAAGUAGCCGUUGGAACUUCAGCAGUGACACCAGCUUGUUUUGAUAACCCUGUUACUCCCCUGUAAUUGCUUCAUGCUUCUGAAAGGGGGAUUAAGUUGAAGGAGGAUGAUAGUCUCCUGAGCUGACUUUACCAUUACCUAUGCAGUACUCUUUCAUACCACAGGUGCCUAACAUGCACCCAGGGACUCCCUUUCAGCAAUUCACAUAAUAAAAUAAGUCUGGUUUAUCUUUCCCUUUCUAAUCCCCUAUGGGGCCUUGGAUUAUUAAGUAAACAUGAAUUUUGCACGUACAAAUGUAUAUUGUGUUGUUGAAAAGUUUAUAUUUAAUUAUGCAAGUCUUUCCUGAACUACCAGUAAUCUUAAGAGUAACCUGUCUCAAGGUACACGUAAAUUAUUUAAAGCACAGUUUCAGCAAAUAAAUUUUAGACCUCUUUCUGCAACAUUGUAUAAGUCAGUUGCAUAAUAUAAAAGUUGUGCAUUCUUUUUAAAGCCCUUAAAUCAAAGAAAUCUAUACCGAAGAUACUUCAUAAUUAUGCAAUUAACAAAGAACUAUAUGAACAUUAUUUUUAAGAGAUGUAUCCAAAACUCUACAAUAAAUUUUUUUCUCUAAAUAACUUUAAGGUACCUUGCAAUUUCUUUGUAUCAGGCUUUCACCAAGCAACUGCAGUAUGAUCCACUAUCUGGGACUUUUAGGGAUUUCACUGGAAAGACUGACAGCGAUUUCAAAGAUUUAAAACCAAGUCAGGACCCAGAAGCUGACACAAAACAGAGAGAGAAGUCCUUUACAUGGGUGAAAACAGAGAGACUGCCAUUGUUUGUGAGGUAAGGACUGCAUUUUUAACACUUUAUGACCUAGCAGCAGACAGAAUGUAUUUUCUCCAUAUUGUUGAACUUUAUACAUUUACUAAGGACUGUGAUAAGGAGAAGCUGUUUAACAAUCAAGAGCUUCUUUAUAUGGUGAUUAUUUUAUUAUGAUCAUGGUGAUCAUAUUUUUGUGACCUUAACAUGUGAUUUAGAGGUGAUAUUGUCAGAAAAAAGAUGCUAGUCACUCCUUAGCUUGCAGUGCAGGCGUCUUAAUAGGUUGAACUAAUCUUACAAACUCGCAAUCAAUUUUUGGACCAGCCAUAUGUUUAAUUUGGAGUUAGAGUGGACGGUAGGGGUAGGGGGUGGUGGAAGGGCAAGAAGACAAUUUUCACCACCCUACCCCUACCCUUCUCCUUAUUUUUGAUCACCAAACGCCCCCUGGGUGCAAAUUUCUUUCUCUCCCCAGCCUUGUGCUGCCAUUAAAAUCAAGAUGGCAGCCAUAAUUUUCGUUAAGAAAAUACUGAGCUCUCUCGUGCCAAAAUUAUUCCUGCUCUGCAGGCUAGUCACUCAUUGGGGUCAAAGGGUCAGUGAACAAAGAACCGGUGAAUACUGUACUUUAAUUAAUAUAUGAAGCAUGUAAUAAAUCACUUCAACUAAACCUCCCUUUGAAAAUUACAAAUGGAGUUCUUGCUUGACCCAGUGAAUUAAAUAACCCUGUGUGAGAAUCAAAAUUUACCGUGAAACUGUUAUAAAACUCUUUCAUCUGUCAGUUGUGUUUUGGUGGCCCAGGUGACCAAUAUACACGUACAUGGUGCCAAAUGCACCAUAAAGAAUUCUCAGUGUUUCUAUGAGGCUCUGAUGUCAAAUAACUUAUGGGAACUUUGAAUUUAAAAAAAAAAAACUGGCAAAUUAUUAACCUAAGCUACAAGAAAAAAUGUUUUAACCCAGGAAAAAGUUUGGGGGUACUUCAAAGAGUAGAUUUCGUUGCGUGAAGUGUUGAAAUCCACCAUCUAUGAACAGAUAAGAGUGUGGAAAGAUCGGAAACAUUGCCGAGAUAUUAUUGUGUCUCUAGAAACUUAAAAUAUGUCAUCGAAAGCCUUAAAAAGCUAGUAGGCGAAGUUUGUAGUAAUGCUUUUUCUUAAAUUUGAGGCGGUCCUAAGUUAUGCGAUAUUUUCCAAGUCACUGCUUGCAUUUAUCAGCUAUAAUGGCUCCUUUACAAAUGCGGCGAAUGUUUAUUUCACUACCUUGUUUCGUCCCUGAAGAACAGCGAUAUAUCAAAAUUUCACGGGACUGUGAGACGUAUAAUUAUACUAAAUAGUGUGUCUUUAACUUAACAGGACUGAGUGCUUAUACUCGAAGCAAUCGAAAAUUUACGUAUUAUUUGCCGUUUAUAAGUUUCUUUCUCGGUGCUCAGUGCUGAAGUAAUAACAUGGUGGUGGUAUUGGAAUAAUUUUCUCACCUGUAGAAAAUAGGUUAAACUAGAAAGUUUAUGCAGAAAACUCUCUCGCACUUCGUCGUGUUGUAAUUCAAGAAACAGUUUGAGGGACAACUGAUCGGAUUCACGGUGUCUUUAUGGCGGGAAAUGCGCCAGGUUCUCACAUAAAUCCGCUACUUUUUCAAUUAUUUUACGCUAGUUUAUUGGUUGUAGGGAUGUUCAAUGAAGGAAGUUCAACCUUUAUUUCAAGUGAAAUUGUUAACUGACGAUAUUUUUUUUAACUGGGAAAUGAAGACAAAGAAGUAAAUGUCCAAUCGGCGUGGGGGUGGGGUGGGGGUACUACUGGCAACUAUUUUGGCGGGAAAAUAAAAAAAAUGGCAGAGUUCUCUGUCGAACAUGACUAUUACUCUUUUUUGUGCUUGCAAAUAAGCUUUAUUGGCCUCGAAUUUGAGUGCAGAUUCGAUUGUUUUUAAACAAGCAAUUUAAGACCAGAAAAGCCAGAGAACAUGGAUGGAAAGGAACAGCGGCCUAGCCCACCAUUUAUGAAAGAAGUCUAUAUGAUUUGUUUUUUUCCAAUAGACUGAAAUCGAAAGGGAUCAUUUCAGUGUAAAUUUGACCACUGUUCUUUCUCUCAACAUAUUCCCAUUCACAUUAUCUCUUACAAAAUUUCUCCUCAACAUUAUUUCUGCUAUCCACAAUAUUCGCCGUCUUCUUGAGGGGAAAUAAGCCAGGACUAAAACGUGCCAAUUCUUUGUCUCUGUAAUAUUUUAUUUCUAAUCUUUUCUUUUGCAUCAGUUAUUCAGUUUUUCUAACUAUUCACCUAACAUUUACUUGUUUAGAACCCGUCUUUAUCUCGAAUACAAACUCUGCCGUCUCCUUCUGCGCACGCUCGAAAAUCGAACAGCGCGUGUCAGCAGUCGGGGCCUGGGUGGGUACAGUCGUGCCACAAGUUAUACCGUUUUUAGCCCAGUUGGGAAUGUAGUCCGUCCAUCAAGUCGUGCCUCUAACCAAUCAUGGCCAGGUAUUUUGAUUCGUCAUUAUGGAAGGAGGCCGCUGGGCAGCGCGACAAGUUUGCCUGCCAUGAUGAAUUUGGGAAUGGCACCUAACGGCCAAACGAUUCAGAAGAAAGAAAAUGGAAGAGAAAGCAAUAAAGAUGUGGAAGAAAAAAUGGAAGGUGAGCAACGCGUCACAAAGAGAGUUAUUAGGAUGUACCGUAGUGAUUCGAUUUAGCGCCCGGGGCGCUUAUUUAUUUCUGGUACGUAAAGGGAGGGCGGUUAUUAAGGACAGAGUGCUUAUUUCUUUUUCGAGAAACAGAAGAAUAUGCGAAACAGAGCUUGUUGUAUAUUUGAAAACGAUGAAGAAAACUGGAAAACGGGCUUGUUAUUUCUCGAUCUUUCCUGGCGAGAACGAAAAGCCGACGAAAUCAUUCGUUUGAAAGAACUGUGCACUCACAUGGAUUGUGAGCGCACAUAUCUCUGUUGAGAAACUGAGACGAGGGCAGCUGUUUUUUGCAGUGAGGCUAUAAAUGAGCUGUUAAAAGAAGGUAAACCACGGUUGAUCUCAAUAGACAUGUACAUGUAUCCUAACAGUGCCAUCAGAAUAGGGCGUUUAGUGGAAUAGGGCGUUUAGUGGAAUAGGGGCGCUUAUCAAUAAAAAACAAAUUCGAGGAGGGGGGGUGUUUAUUGGUGUUAAAAUCGAAUCAUUACGGUAUUGUUGUUUGACUCCCGUGUUUGUUAAAUAUGAUUUUCCGUUUGUCAAAUCGAACAAACGAGACGUCACCAGCAUUGAUUUUAGGAAUCAGUUAUUUUUAUCGCCGAAGUAAGGGGGGGGAAGGGUGUUCCGAGGAUGUUUGGGGGGACGAAGGGGGGAUCAAAAGUCGCUAAAAGAACUUAAAAGGAGGAACUAUAGAACAUUGACAAUUAAUGAGGCGGGGGGGGGAUUAUUAAAAUACCAGAGAGACAAGAGGGAAAGGGGGCUAGUUCAGGUAAAUUGUGUUGUGAUACAACCAAUAUCCUCUGUCCUUCCCCCUUCCCUCCGGUUCCUUAGAUUAGUAGUCAGACUGUUGAGUGUCCAUAGUCUAUUAUACACGUAGUAGACGGAAGUGGUGAUAACGUGGCCUAGUAUCACAGAUAGUAACUGGGAGAAGAGCUGGUAUUAUGAUACCCCAUAGGUAACAUCACCGGCAAAAAUAUUCAGGUGAUUCACUGAUUGCUGUAUUUUAACCUGAUUUCCUUAUUUAUUGAUAAGAAUAGCUUUUCCCCCUUCAAAACAGCUUCAACAACCCCACCUCUCUUCCCCCCCCCCCACCUUUCCCACUCCCUGUAUUUAGUACAACAUUGAACCAGGGGAUGGAGAGAAAACAGACUGAUGUUAGAGGAUGCAAUCAAAACAAGUUGAUAUUCAAUCCGAUUCCUCUCUUGAAGGAGCCGUGAUCACUGAGGAACGAAUUGAUGGUGACGACGUGACUGGCGUGACCAGGACAAACGAAGAAAUCGAUAAGGACGAAUCAACACUCGAAAAGCGCAAGGCAAGAGCAAAAAGUGUCACGCUUAAAGAUGAGGCCAAGACUCACGGUAAGUCAGGUGUCAUUGUGUCAAAGCGCUUUUCUACGCAGGGUGUGGUAAUCACAACGAAAACAACAGCCAAUCAAAUCAAUGGUGAAUAUCACAAGCAACCAAUGAGAACCUACUCUAUUUUGAAAACGCAUCCAGCGCCCACUAUAAGUGAUCGAUCUUAAUUUUGAAUAUUUUGGUCGGAAAGGUUAAGCGAUUUUUUUAAAAUGUUUUAAUUCCUUCCUUUUUAAGUUCUUAGAACACUUCAUGGUACUGGAGGGGAAGAUUCUAUUCUUAACUCGAAAAUAAAAUUUAUGAUGAACAAAAAUAAGUUAGUUAUAAAAUAAAUUGAAAUCUUCUCUCAAUGGAAAAAAAGAACCUUAUUCAUAAUUUUCUUUCGGUUUUUUUUUUUUCGCAGAUCCCCCAAAUAACGAGGAUUUGGAAAUCAAACCGGAAGAAACGGAGGAACCUGAGGCAGAAGACGACUUCUCAGAUUUCCCGGAUAAUGAGCUUGGUGCUGUUGUGGCGUUUGACGAAGAUGAUUUGGAUGAAGCACAAACAGAAGCUGAUGUUAAAAACAUUACUAGCAAACAUCAAAUGACAAUCGAAGAACUAAAGAGAGAAGUUUUGGGAUCGGUAAGAAACAUUUUCCUAAACUACCAGCAGUCAAUCCUUGCGAGUAAAAAAAAAACGUGAAAGAAAACAAAUUGAUAUUAAUGCACCGCGCGGAACUGUGGGAGUGAGGCACAUGUCGUCGUGCCCCUUCUACAAAGGAUCCUGUGAUUGACAGUGAGUAAGGGAGAGGCCAAACAGCCUGAUUUUGUAAACAGGAAAAAAUAGGUCCAUGAGCUUUUCUUGAUGUAAAGUUUUGAAUUAAUAGAUGAGUUAAACUAAACCAGUUAGAUUAUUCGCUCUCAAUUUCUAUGCGUGACUGUUGAUUUGGGCUUCGCCCUCAUCAAUUAUUACGUAACUGAAGUCUUACGCUCAUGAUAUAAUUAUUACUUUGUUUCGUAUUGGUAUGUAAUUAUAUCUGUUAUGAUACCUUUUUUUCUCCUUGGUGACAUUUUCACAGCUACAAGGCAUGGAACUUUUCAAGACAUUUUUAGAAGACAAGUCUGGAAAACAUUUGUUUAAUUUUUGGCUGGACGCCGAGAGAUACAAAGACAGUUUAGAGUCUGAACCGGAGGAUACACUACGAGAACAGAUGACAAGAUUGUUCCGGUAAGAUGACGCUUUUUUGAAGUUUUCAUCUUCUUUUCAUUAUUGGUAAAGGCUACGAGGAUCAAUGUCAAUAUCUGAGCAAUUACGCACCUACCCCUCCCCUAACCCAACAAUAGCCCUAACUUGUUAUCAGUCGACUGUUGUUGGGUUAAGGGAGGGGUAGCUGCGCAGUUUCUCAGACACUGAGAUUGAUCCGGCAACGAAAUGUAACAAAUGUCCCCGUUGCCUCUUUGGCAAACUUCAGUCAGUAUGUCACGCAACGUUUAUUCUGCUGACACUGGUUUUGUGUGACUUUUCAAGAUACGGUUUUUAACGUAAGAAGAGAUAUGGUUGCCUGUUCAGUUUAAUAAUUCAAUGCGUAGUCAUAAUUUAUUUAAAUUUAUUUCCUCCUCAGAGAAAUUCAGGACAAGUAUAAAAACUUCCUGACAGUAGACGCAAAGGUAAACGAUUUUCUGUCCGUUUGAAAGUUAUUUCAUGUUCCUCUGUCAAGUUAUAAUUUAUUCAUAAUGCAUAUAAAAUCUAUCCAUAGGAACAGAUAGAGAGAGCACUAUAUGAAGGGGGGCUCACACAGGAUCUGUUCGCGAGGACCCAGUACGACAUGCUGAGGAGAUUACGUUCCUACUGGAUCCCAAGGUUCCUGGUUCAUGUGGAAAGGAACAGUGACUUUGGGUAAGAGAGUUUAAAGUGAUUGCAUCUUUGAAUAAAUUAUUGAAAGAUGUGACCUUAGCCCAGUUCUGAGGUUUUGUUUCAUUUUAGGCCAGAAAACUCGUCUUUGAAUAGUUUAUGGUCAUAAUUUUACGACCUUCCACUCCUCGGGGAAACUUCUCCCUCAAAUUUUCUACUGGGGGGGAUUAGUGUACCCAGCCAGGCUGCAGGAAUUGUCACGCAAAAAUUUAAUAUCUAAAUCCCCAAACUUGAAUUUCGUAGCAAUGUGCCUGGUUGUGUGAUUCGUUAAACGAAGGAUUCGUUCGUUUGUCGUUUCGUUUGUUUUGGUUCUUUGUGCAAGGUUGUCUAUCUUUCUUUCCGUCCGUCUGUCCGUCCGCCCCUCCCCUCCCCCCUACGUAAGAGUCUGGUCAUUAUUUAUCUCUUAGGAGGGGUAGGAGAUAUUGGCUGUGUCAGUGUCACAAUAAAAUUUACCUGAUCCCCCCCGAGGCUCUGUAGUAUUUUAAAGUUUGCCCCUCAUUAGCAGUCAAUGUUCCAUAGUUCCCCCUCCCCUUUAUACUUUGUUGAUGUCGACUGAUUCCCUCCGUCACCCUGGAAGCCAUGUGAUCCCCUAGAAUCCUCCCCCCCCCCCCGCAAUAAAUAAUGAGUUUUCCUUUAGUGCGUCUCUCUGCCUCUCUCUUCAUUUGUUAGUCUGUUCGUAGGUCGACCUGACUGGCUUUUUGUCUGUCUGUCUGUCUGUCUGUCUGUCUCGGUCUGUCAUGUAGUUAAGUUCUGUCAUUCCGUGCGGUGAUUGUCUGAUUUUCGAUGCUUGAAUCUGAUAUUUCAAGCCACGUUGAUUCUUAAAUGAAAGGGCGUUUAUCUCUACAUCCUGGACAUGUUCCUUUUCUUCUUUUUUUCUCGCAGAGACCAGUAUAUGGGAUAUAAUGAUCUCAACCGCCCACCAUCAGGCUUGAGUUUCUUUCCCACUGUAUCGUUCGCUCACUCCUUACCACCGCUAGGGGAAUGGUGUCGAGAGGUUGUUCGGUCACGCCAAUGGGACCGUGACAUCAUGGUGAAGGAGAAUAGGAACAAAUCAGCGCGGAGAAGACUGAGCCGAAUACCUGAAAGGUAGGUUUGCGCAGUGACCAAAUGACAACGUCUUACUAUUAUAGGAUAGCACGUUCAAUGUCCUAAUUGCAUAAGCCGCACGUGCAGGUUGAUCAAUAGACCUCUCGCCAAAAUAAUGACCAAAAAACAAUUUUAACAUGGAAAAAUUAUUUUCUUCCUUCAUAACAGGAAAAAAAUUGACAACUCUUACAUUAUGUAUGACGAGCCUAAACCAAUGAGAGCAGAUAAACCAGUCAAAGUUAUCAACACUUAAGCUUUCUCCAUCAUAAACUCUAAGUUUGCCAAGUGCACUCUAACUAAUCCCUCCAUGCUGUUUCUCGGGUUUUUUUUUCUCUAAAGGUACGAAGAAGAAUUCACUGCAGCUCUUCGCGGAGAGAAGGAGGCUGGAUGUCCUUUUAAACGCUAUUUGGAAAAGUAAGUUUUUUCUUAAAAUCCUAGCUGUUCGAACAAGCUGUUUGUAGAAAGCUUGGCGGUACUUAAGAAAUUUCCUAAUUAACUUGAGUGCAAAAACAGUAAUUUCUAUCUCUAUGUUGUGAUUUAUGCAACAACGUUGCGUGGCAAAGAGAGCGUGACCCAUUUGACACGUAAGAUUGACAGUUAAGGCGUGUUAUCGUUAGCGCUUAUUAGGUUGUCACAAAGAAUUAAAGUAUACAAUUUUGAGAGUAAGCGUGCGAGAUGAUCUUCAGCCUGAGAAAUUCUACUAAGGAAGUGGCUUUUUUUUUCUAAUCGAUUCAGUCAGGUUUCAACACAGAGGCCUAUCUGGUCCACUCUUUGACAUAUGAGCGAAUAUUUGGUUAAUAUUGAGGAAAAAACCUACAGGAUAGAAUAUUCAGGGUGGCGCUUUUCGGUUGAGUGUCGUUAAACCAACAGGAAAGUUAUAACAACAGCCAAUUCAGUCCCAACAAAGUAAAAACACCAGGAGAUGAUGAGGACUCCUUCGGUCGUUUCACGCCUUACCGGCUCCUGAUAUUUCCUUAAAAGAAAAGUCGCUUAAAUUAUAUUUUCAUUGCAAACUGCAGUUAUUAAAUUUUCUUCUGAUGUAUAGUUUGCUAGGAUUUAAGUGAAACUAGCGCGCGUACGAAUUUUUUCCCGAAGGACGCUUGUGAAGGUGGGAAGUAACCCUAAACGGGUUUAAACGCGGGAAAAAGUGAGCGACCGAGUUUUUUAAUUUGUUUCUGAUUGGUUGAGGGAAAUGCGCGAGUGUUCUUGAAAAGUCACACUACGCAGUAAAGUAAUACUAAAACGAACCCCAAAUACUUCCGACACUUUUGAGAAUUUCACUUGUAGUUCUAAUUUCUCCACUUUGUCUUUUUCCAAAUCUACAGUAACACCAGUGUUGACAAGUCUUUAUUAUGUAACCUCCUAUUUUGGUUGGAUGUAACUGAUUUCAAUGCAGCCGAGAAGAGGUCUGGUGACCGUUACCUCAGACUGGUCAAUGCUUGGGCGAUAUUCAACAAAUAUAUUGCCAAAGGUAAACUUUAUCCUUUCCCAUAUGGUACAUCUAUUUACUUACUUAUUUAUCUGUGUAUCGAUCUCCAUGUUCAACCGUUUAUUAAUUUUUUUUAUUACGUUUGUGUUCUAUUUGUAUUUAAUGUUUGAUUUACAAUAUUAUGUUAGUUCACCGUUGACCCUGUAGUCUCCUUGCUCACUAAACGAAGUUGCCUUUUCGCGGCAUUUAGAUGCUGAAAUGAACAUUGGAUUACACAACAGUGAAAGUCAAAAACUAGAAAGCAAUCUCCUCUCAUCCGAAGAUCUGCCGCUGGCCUUUUUCAAGCCGGCUCAGGUAACAAGUUCAAUUUUAACCUUGCCAUAUUUAGCUAUAUUUGUUGGCAUUCCCACCUUUCACGAUUUUUGUAUAGGAGUAGUUUUUAUACAAAGGAGAUUUUUGCGAAAAACCAUUUUAAACGGAAAAGCAGGAUAUGUGCCUUAGACUACGAUUUAGUCGAUCAACCCCACCUAAUUUUGAACGGAGGCAUACGUGAAAAGGAAAACGAGGGAAUCAUUAUUUUUUUAAAGUUGUUUUCUCUAUUCCGCCCUUCUUUUUCCUUUAACGUAUGUUCCAAUGCCCUUCAAUUCGUCGUUGCUCACUUAACACUCGUGGGUUGAGUGAGGCACUGAAAGAAUAAGUAUUCUAAGCCAAUAACAUGACACAGUUUCAUCCGUUGGGCUUGAACCACAGCGCGACAUGCCGUUUGAAGCCAGGCGCACUCACCAUUUAAAGGCCCCCGUUUCUCCCACGCACCAACUGAUGAACGUUUUACUUUGUUCUUGACAGGAGCAUGCUGUGAAAAGACUUGAACCAAGCUGGGAAGCCUUCAAACACUUUGAAGAGGAAACAUUUUUGAGGUAAGUUAAUGGUGAGGUAAUUUUGCAACUCUUACCUAGAUCUCCUUCGUUGUCACUGUAAACUAUACUGAUGCUCUGAUCACAACUAUCGGUGAGAGGUUGUCGCAUCAUUGCAGCCCGGCCCUCUCCGUCGGAACUCGAACUGCAAUGGCAUUGAUUUAUUGCGCAUUGAACGAACUAAGAGAGGCGCACAAAAUAUUAGAAUCCUAAUGUGCAUUAAUUGUUUUAUUGAUCGAUUAACUGUUUGGAAUUUCCAGGCCUGUCAAGGGACCUUUUGAUCGUAUGUCCAACAUCUCCAGCGAGAAGGUUGAAGAGAAGAGUCGAUAUUUCUCGCCGACAUCAGGACGCUGGGUGAAAAGGUAAGAAUGAAUUAGAUUUAUUGAGUGUGGAAGAUUAGGGGAAGGCUGCACAGUUUUGCGCUCGUGCAUGCCUAUUCGGUUCGGUUUUGCGGAUGCAAAACUGACAAACUAUCUUCUGCGUGAGGGAAACAGGAAAUUGUUAUUUUUUAAUCCCAAGGUUUCUCGAUCGCUUUUUUUUUAAGAUGGCAACUUAAACGCUCUUAGGUGGCCCCUAGUUUUUAAAAGUGACCAAGAAACCUCCUAAGGACAACCCUUAAGAUGAGAUUGAAAUACUAAUAGUUCCUUUAGUUAAGAAAAGAAUGAAAUAAUAUAAAAAAAAAGGAAAACACAAGCCACUAAGGAUGGCAAUGGUCAGUUGAAGAUGCGAUCACAUAACUUUUGAAAGGAUUUACAUGUGUAUCCAUGCAUUAAUUUCUUUUAUCAUCAUCAUCAUCGUCAUCAUUACCGUCUUCCUUAUCAUUGUUUUCUUAAUCUUAUUUUGAUCUUGUGCUUUCAAGACAUCCGGGAUCCACGCCCUCCCAGAGACAGAGGCGAUUGUAUACGUCAUUAGCAAUGGCUGAGGAAAUCGACGCUGAUCGUUCGUCUCCUCGGACCCAGUCACCAACACGGCCGUCAAUCCCACAGCCCUCCAAGGUAUGCUGCGCUCCAAAGCAGAGGCCCCAUAGGAGGAGAGUGUGGGAGGAGGGGAUUAGAAACACGCUAUAGAAAGAGAUACUAAAUUGGAAGAAAUAACAUUACAGUGGUUAUUUAGGUUAUAUAACAAUGGUCAAUAUGAAAAAGAGGGAAAAGCGUGAAAACAAAACAAUUAACACGAGGAAGACUCCUCAAGAGCCGGAGAAACUCUUUCUGGUGGUAAAGUUAUGCAAAGAAAUACAGUAAAGUCAAAAAAAGGAAACGAAUGGAGAAAUCCCAUGUGAAAUCUCUUUCUAAGGUCGUAAGCAAUAUUCUUUUGUUAUGAAGCACUUUUCCCAUAGCUCUGAGGCCUUUUAUAGGAUUCAGUGAUUGAACAGGGAGCGACUGCGGCGUAGAGCCAAAAGAGUGAAAUGUUGGAUGGAUUGAGACCAGACCCAGGCCUCCUCUUUUCCUCGCUGAGUCCUGAAAUCGCGUCCUGUUUACCAAGUGAAUGCCACGAACAGAUAAACAGCUCUGUCAAUGGACUGUUUUCAGUCUCUGUUUUGAGUCUCAAAGCAAAAUUCUGCUUAAGCAAACAUACUGUUAUUUACUUAUCCAUUAUCCUUUUAAACCAUUUAUCUUACAGUUUUUUUGUUGUUACAGGCCAAGAAGGCGAAACCCAAAGCCAAAAAGAAGACUAAAGCAUCAAAGAAUGUUUCUUUCGACUCCAAGAAAAAGAAAGCGACAGAUUCCGACGAGGAUGGAUCUGACAGUGAUAAGAAAAAACAGGGAGAACCUGCCAAGGCCGCUGUACCGGAUUUUGUGGACGUAUUAGAGAACAAAGGGUCGGUAACGAUAAUUUUUCAAUCAAUUUUCGAGGAAAGAUUGGGAUUUCUUGGGUUUGAGAGGCUUUUACUUGCUCUGAAAAAUUAUGCCAGAUUCUUUUGAAGAUUGAAAACCAAUCGCCUUUACCUAACGUUCUGCCUUGUUUAAGGGCCGUGAAUUUGGUUUAACUAUGGGUUUCCGUGGUUCCGUGUGUUACCAAGUGUUACUUUUAGAAAAUAGUAUCUGGAAUCGAUUUUUUUUUCUUUUUUACUGAAUCACUCUCCACUGUUUCAAAUCCAAGCGUAAAAGCCACGAAGAUAUGUAAACUUUGUCAUAAGCAAUAUAGCAUGAAUUUGCUGUUCAGUAGCUUUCCUUUGAAUUUUCACACUAAUGUUUCAUUCAGGACUUAAAAAUCAAAAGCACCUUCAUGUGUUCAGCAUUUGUAUUUUGAGGGGGUGAGAAAAUUCAGGUAAGUAGGGAUUAAAAAGUUAAAACGUUCUCGAUUGAAAAUUUGUUACUGUUUGACUAAAAGUAUAUAAAAUGGGGUCUGUGAAAUUGGCCACGGAAUAGACUAGAAUGCAGAAGGGGUUCUGAGUGGUCAGCGGCACAUACCCAGAAAAAUUGACCCUAGUCCCCCCCCCCCCCACUCCUGAGUGGCACACAUUGCGGUCAGUUUCGCAAAAUUGAAAACUUGAAUCAUUGUUUUAUAGAACCAUGUCGGCCUUCAAGCAAUAUGUUCAGAACAUGGAGGGAAGGCAGUCUUUGAACCAACUGUUAAUGUACUUGGAAAUCGAACAAUACAACGCCAUUUUACCUGCCAAAAAAGUCCAGAAAACGCAACAUGCAACGCACAUUUACAAGUAAUGUUACUGUAAAAUAUUUCAGUUGGUAGUGUUGUAAAGGAGCCUUUCAUGUAUUCAGCUCUCAAAAGAGCUCUCUUAAAACAAAAGAGCUCUCUUAAAACUUUCUCCAAUUUACAGUUGCCGAAAUCGGGAUAGCUCAGAAUAAUGACGUUAUUUUAACGACUAAUUCUUUGCUGGAUCGACACUAGCACACUUUAUGGUGCAUUCGUAUCAGAAAUGCCUUAUUAUUACUCGAGUUGUGAUUCCUUUUCUGGCAUAUAUGAUUAUUGAAGCAACGCCAGAGUCUCAUAGAAACACAUUUCAUUUGUGACUAUAACUCAAAAACGCAGUUUGUGUUAUCCAUUUUUGAAUCGCAGUCUGCAUAUCGAGUUUUACUCCUUUGCUGACUGGAAAACAAUCUAUCCAUAAGUUUCAGAGACGCUGGAGUAGAAUAUUCAUCUUCUGUUUGAUGGAUAAUUUGCUGAUAUUGUAACAUUUAAAAUACUCCUAAAAGAAGUGUAUUUGUGCUCCAUUCUGAUUUUUUUCUCCGAUUUCUUCCAGAACCUAUUUUGAUCCCACAUCUAGAAGGUAAUUGUUGAAUAGUUUUCUUUCAUUAUUUUAAUCAUUAAUAUAUUUGUAUAAAUCGACUUCUCUCUAAUUGAUUGUCUUUCUCUGAUUCUCGUGGAUAGGUCGGUGGGUCUUCCCCAGUCCUUACUCAACCAGGUCGAUGGAGAGAGACCCACGUCUCCAGUCUUUACCGCGGCGCAGCAAUUCGUGCUUGGUGAUGUCCAGACUUACUUCAAAAGUUUUUUCAAGGUAGAAUUAUGCUUGGCACUUGUGUAUAAAGAUUUGAAGGAUAAUGUUAUCGGGUAACGCUUCGUAAAGGCUCGAUUACCGACCGCUGUUUCCUCCCCGUACCGAAGAUUUGCUCGGGAGAGUCAGACUGCAUUCGAGAAAUCGUUGGAAAUUGAGCCUGCGCUUUGCAUUAAGCUUUUUGGAUUGGAAGAGCAGAUCUCCCAACCUAUCAGAAUUCCACGGUUAAUAAGACAGGUUGAUCCAAUAUUUAUGGCACAUUACUUGGCUUGAGCAGUGUUUUCGUAAAAGACCUUUCUAAUAAGUCUUAGAAAGUAUACACGCUGGCUCUAGUUAGACAAGUCUCGAAUAGGCCGAGUCUAAGUGACUUCUUAUUUUGAACCGGGCUCCUCGCUUUGCUCACUCAGUUUUUUCAUUAGGUAUUAUUCCAGUAAUCCUUAAGCCUAAUGACUUAAACUUUCUCACUAUUUAUGAAUAAGUACUUACGUUUUCUCGCCUUGAAGGCCGUGUACAUGUAUAUACUUUGAGCUCUCAUUGGCCCUUUGCGAUAUUUUUGUGCGUUUUGAUUGGCUGAUGUGACACUCAGUCGUGAAAGUACUUCAGGCGAGGUUCAAACCCUCUCAUAUACUAAUCAAUGAGGUACAACUUUGUUUUUUUCCCACUGGUGUCCCUUUCAGCAUGCGCAGGACACUGCUGGCCGACGAGAAGGUACACCAAACACUCCUGGAAGUUUUAACAAGGGUGACACAUUCGAGAGCUCACAGAGUUUCCUUCAGCUUUACAGAAGAAGAGCGAGAAAAAAUAAGGUUCGUAUACAGAAGAGCGUCUUCUUUCACGUUGGCUGGACGGGGGCUUUCUCUCUGCUACGUCAAACAUCGCCGUAAAAUCUCGUCACGUAAAAACCUGGACAAACAAAGCUAUUUCGUGCUCAGCGUUUAUUUUUAUACUCUUAGCAUUUUGGUAAGCAGAGUGGACGCACUCUACAUUGUAGUUUACAAGCGGACAGAUGCUUGUCUACCCAGGUUUGCUUGCCUGCUGCUAUGUUCCUUUCUUUGUUGAGGUUCCACUCUAUGCAGAACUACCAGUUAAAGUCUCUCAACAGCAAAGUUAGACUACGCGUUGAGAUCUACAAGAAAGCUUCAACAGGAGUACUUAAUCAUCUAACGAGCGGAAUCGUUUUUCCUGCCAUGGCCCUCGUUGGCCGCGCUUUAUGUGCCCUAUGUGCAGUGUUAGAGUACUUGCAAUCUCGCACUGAUUUAUUUGUCUAUUUACCUAUUCUAUUCUAUUAUUACUCAUUCAUUCACGCAUUUAUUGGAUUAAGUUAUCUAUUAUUAUAUUAAUAUUAUUUGUAUUUUGUAUAUUUGUAUAUUUUAGAGCACUGGCCGAUCCGCUCCGUCUAAAGAAGACAAAGACAACUUUAAGAAAGUUCUGCAGUCUAUACACGGACGUCUUUCGGUUAAAAUGGAAUAUUUUCGGCGAUAUUUACAGGCCCAUGGUGAACCAGACGGCUUUCCUCGCUUAGAGAACGAUCUUGUUUUCUAUUUGGAAGUUCAGAAGUUCAAGGUUAGAAAUUCAAGAUACUGUUGCAAAAACAAAGAAAGAGGAAAUGCAAAAUAUGUUGCAAUAAUAGAUUACGAUGGAUAAUUAACAAUUAUUUGCCAAAGUGAGGGUAGAUAAAGGGGGCGAGACGCGACGCAUUGAGGUAAAUAGCUAUUACUUUCAGCCACACCGAGAGUCGAACAAUUUAGGUUUUAUUAUAAACCACACAGAGACCUAAAGAGAUAAAUUAUUUCUGUCAAUGUAUCGAAAAAUGGUCAGAAAUUAAACACUUGACGCGCGAUUUUGUUCUUCGGCUGCUCAGAGGUGACGGGUACUGGCUAAACGCUUCCGAACUAGCUGAUCAGCGCGCGCGAAAAGCAUUAACCUGUAUGGUGUAUACUCAACUUGGAUACUUUUAGCGCAAGCAUGAGAAUGCACGGUUAAUUUUUGUUAUUAUACCGGAAAAUGGUCGGAAAAUUUCAAAACUUUGACGCACGAUUUUGUCCCUUCGACCGCUCGAAGGUGAAUAGCACCUGGUAAUCGCUUCCGAAGCAGCCAAUCAGCGCGUGAGAAAAGUAUUGUUCACCUGUGUGGUAUGUACUAAAUUUUUAGCGCAAGCUUGAAAAUAUGAUUAAAUGUUUUGAAAACUUAAUGUAAAUAAAAACCAUCCACUUUACAGAAGACACCAAGUAUGGUUUACAGUGAAUUCGGUAUUGACGCCUUUGAUUCAGUUGAGACUUCGAGGAAUCGCAGGUUAAAAAUGUGGGACCGCAAAACAUUAUGCAAGGCAGUUAUGGCUCUAAAGCCUGAUCGGCAAUCCCAUUUGAUAAGAAUUUUGCGUGACUGUUUCUAUUGGAACAGAGCGUGUGCUUUAAUUGCCAGCACGGAAACAACACCACAACAUAUUGUUUUCUAUGAUUCAUAACUCUCUACUCCCAUUUCGUUUACCAUCCCAUAGUUUACUGAUUUUCUUGAAUUUUUUUUAAUGAAAUUUUAAUUUUUUCUCUCUUUACAUACAGGAAUUGUUUAACUACAUGGACGAUGUAAGUCUUAUGAACUGGUUGAUUUUCUCAGUAGCUUCUUGCACCCAAUUCUGAAUGAUGGAGUGUUUGCUUUCAUAUCCUAGGUUUCCCUAAAUCGUAAAGUAGAGGCAAUCAUCGAGUGUUUCUUGGACUCAGCUACCCCUCCCUGGCUACAGGUGAGAACAUAUCGAAUUCUUUGUUUUUAUCGUUGUCGUUUGCUCCCUCCCUCCCCACCCUUCAACAGACAAAACUUGCUUGUUUGCGUCGUGCCCCUCUCAUCUUGCGUGACUCGUACUUUGCGCUAGCAUCGCGCUUGCCUUUGUUCGACAACGCAGAAAAAGAAGAAAUUGUCUGUUCAGCAGGCUAGGCUUAAAAUUCAGCUAUGAACAAAUAUCAGUCUGAAAUAUGUGCUCGUUUAAAUUUGCUGGCAUGUGCACAAAAGAAUAAAUUAUACCGCUCAACAGUUCAGACGGGCAUUUAGAGGGAUUUCUUUUUCUUUGCGGUAUUUUUUUUCCACGCAUCUCUCCACGAUUUUAUUUUUCAACACCAUUUUCAAAUGCCUUUUACUUAAUGCUCCAUCAAGGAUGAAGCCCAUUGGAAAAUUCAUGUUAAUUAUCUUUAGCAGGAGACCAGGCUUAUUAUUUUGACGCCAUGCAUUGUUCCAGUAGCAGGUGUUGUUUCGCAUUGUCAAGCAACGCGUGAAAAGACCACAUAAUUAAAAGAAAAACAUUUCAAAGUCAAAGUAAAAUUUCGUUUGCAAAUUGAAAAAAAAUGUGUGUAUGUAGACUAGUUUGGACUGCCAUGGCGCACCAUAGAGGGAAUUGAGAUUAACACAUUUUCUUACAAAUGAAGCAUCCUAUUCCUUCAAAAAUAAAAUGUAUUCUCGAUGCUCCCGGAAAGAAUAUGGUUUGAAAGUAAAUAUUCAUUCGACAACAUCAUUUCAUUACUAGAGUAAUUUACAUGUGGUUAAUUUAUUACCCAUACGGCAUCCAACUUUUGUUACCAAGGUGGUCUAAACAAUGAAAAUAUUCUCCGUUACGAGUGCUGACUUCGUUUACAUGGCAAACCAAAUUUUAACCCUGAAACCCCCAGCAACUCCCGCGUCACCGUUUACUUAAGUUGGAAUUUCAAACCGUCAUAAACCAUUUACGAAUGGUUUGAUGUCAACUCGGAAAGUAGCCCUUAAAAGCGUCUUUAAGAAUUAAUACGAUGAAACAUUAACCUUUGUCAGUUUGAAGAGCAUUUCAUUAGUCUGUAAUGAACUGUUUUUACAUGGUAAUACUCUCUCGCUUAAAUUUCAGAAAAAUUCAUAACUCUAACUAAACUUCGGGUAAAAUUUCCUCACAGCCCCAUACUACAGUACGCAUUCAGUUCUUGGAUAGAGAAAACAAUGACAAAAACAAUGGAUCGCAAAAAAACAGACAACAACAACAACAAAAAAAACAGAAAACUGGGAAAACAGAUUUGUUUUACAAUAGUAUGGGGAAAUUUUACCAAACUUCGAAACGUUUCUUGAUAAAGUGUUAGGAAAUGUUAAGUUUUCAUAGUUUUCCUAUGAAAAGUUGCUUUAAAACUUUUAAUAAUUGAUGAGCGAUAAACCAGAGUGUCACCUUGUGUAAAUACUUUAAGUUAAUAUAUGCUAAAAAAUUCAGAUGAAAUGAAACUAAGCUCAAACUUUAAUUUAAAGUUAUAGCCUUAAUUUUUCUAUCUCUUCACAACUUCGCAGUGCAUCUGUUAUUUUGUGGGCCAACGGUUUUUCGUAUGGAAUUCUCAUAAAAUCACCAUAAGAUGAUAUCAGAAGUUUCCUCCAUUCGCGCGGUGCUGGUAAAGCAAAUCCAUCGAAAUUCACUACAACUAAAGGGAAAAUGUCGGUCCGUUUUCUUCUCAACGGUCCGUAGAUAAAUCUUCGUACGAACCAUGAGGAAUGACUGAACAGGUUUAAAAAAUUGCCAUCAGAGUCCGUCUCUAGUACCAGCAUAUCAAGUUGCAAACCAUCCGCAAACUUACAGCCGUUACGAAGACAAUACUUAUAACAACUCUUGGUGUCGCGAAGUUUCCCCAACAUUCCACUUUGAGGCGGAAUUUUGUAAAAUACAUCGGUGUCUUCUGUUUGGAAAAAUAUAUCAUCUGGAAGUUCUUUCAGACCGUAUUUAAUAAACUUUUCAAAGUCUGCUUUAGGAAUGCAAAUAUCUAUGUCAUCGUCGAAAGGAUUGUGGCCGCCAUGUCGAAUCGCUCCGAGAAGACUGCCUCUAGUCAACCAGUAUUUUAUACCGUGCUUUUUUGCAAUCAGAUCAAAGAUUCGAAGAAUUCUUGUAAGCACUAACUGAGCUUUUCGAAGUGGUGUUGAACCCAACUGACGGAUAUCUGGGCAGUCAAUGUCGCCGUUUGGAGUAUUUUGACACUUUCCUAACUUCGUGUAUGCGACUGGACGGCGUGAGUCUAAUUCCUGCAAGCGAACGCCUCGUUUAGGUAGCGAAGUAAUCAAGAGCGAUCCCAGAACACAUGUACCUAUCAACAUAAUCAAUGAGAUAAAUGCAGGUCGCCUCCAUCUACGCUGUGUUGGCCCUCUUCUGAUCCACCGCCAUAAAUUUAGCAUGGUUUUGAAGUGAAGGAGACUUGCUGAUCUUCAUGUGAACUCUGACGUCAGAAAAAUAUUCACGUGGCACUACGCGAGGUUACUGAGUGUUUGUUUUGCAAAACAAACCUUUCAACUUUAAGUCAAUUUUGGUACAAAUGAUUUUUUCACACAUAAAAACUUUCGCAAGCGCUACCAAACCUUACAGAUGCCAUCCACUAGCUUUGGAGGCCAUGAAUAUUUUGUCAGGCUAGAAAAUCCUUCUUCAUAUUUCGCAACCUUUUAUACUACGAAGCGUCUAUGAAAGUAUACAACAAUUACUGGCCGAAAGCGAAACGAAGAUGGAUAGGUAAUCGCAUAUGGCCGUGUUAAAUACAGGACUUUUCAUUGUUUUGUUAGCGUUAACGAAUUGUAAAAUGCGCGAAUCAGCCCUUUUAAAAAACAUUCGCCAUCCAAGAAAAUUAUAAUACACGACAUUAAGCCGUUUUAAGGGUUAUAAAUUUAGUAAUUUCCCGGGGGAUUUACCAAUGUUAAGGAAAAAUGUCCUCUGUCCCAGCAAAUCAGCAUUUAACAAUUUUGCCUUCUGGGCUAUAACUGACUAUCAAUAUAUAUAAAUCAUGCAUGUGAACUACGAAUAAAGAAGUGAAUAUUAAACCGAUGUUCGCGGUAAUGGACACCACUUGAGCAGAAGUGAAAAUAAGGCUUGAAAAAAAGAAAUUAAAUUAACACUCAAUUUCUACAGUCCACCUUUAUGCUCCGUUGGUGUCGACUGAUUUCUCUUAAUUCCCCCCUAAAAACUAUGUGAUACCCCCUAUAAAUUCCCCGAAGCCCCGACCGCAGGUGAUAGAGCAGGUGUUCGAUUAUGAAUAGUUGCAGUGGCGGAUCCAAGGGGAGGGGGGCAUGGGGGGCCCGUGCCCCCCCUUUUUAAAAUCCUAGAUCCGCCUCUGAGUUGCGUACCCAAACCUUUCACGGCCAAGCGGUUGUUUCAGUGACAGUUACACAAUAAGAUCUGGGUACGAGAUUAGAUUAUGACUGGUUUCUUGUAAUCAAUAGAAAUAGAAAAAAAAGGAAUUCCUUUAAAUCUCUAAAAAUAUUCAUUCAUCUUAAUCUGUGAAUUUCUUUUUUAUAGAUUGACAUUGGUCCCGAGCUUGCUUCUCGUAUUAUACACAAGGCCCAGGUCUUUUCGUCGGGGAAGAAAAUCCCCAGGGAACAAAAGGAGCCAGGGCUUUUUGACGAGGCUCAAAGCAUCUUGUUCAAGGAAAUGCUCCCCUAUUGGGCAGGAUUUUGUAAACAGUACACUCCACCUGAAGAUGGGGCAAAUGUCAAGUUACCUCGUAAGUGUCUUUUUGAAAAGUGUGGAACUGCGCGUGCGCGGAUGCUACUUUUCGAAAUCUUUACAAGCUAAAGAAGCGCGUUUUUUCGCCCGCGCGAAGAUUCGAGACUAGUUAGGAAGGUUUGCUCGGGGUCUGGCAUUAAUGAUCAGUGCCAGACAUCUUGCAGACCUCUCGCUGGCCAGCGUUUUUCCAGGCGUCAUACUUUCCCGCGGGUAAAGAAACGCACAACUACAGCCUACUGGCAGGCUACUUUUGGGGCCUCCUGAUGUCUUCUUUUGUCCUCAUAUUGUAUCCGAUCAAGCUGGUUUUGAUUCGUUGUCUUUCUUUCCAGUUAUAAAAAAUAAUGAUCAUGAUAAAAUUUCUGAUCAAUUAAUCAAAAUAUAAUCUUCUCUUUUCAGCUACUAAACAGGAGAAACUCCUACAGAAACGCUACGCAGAAUUCCUGAAAUACCCGGCAGUCACUAAGACUAUCACUCUACCCCUGUUGGUACCUAGUGUACAUGGUCAGUCCAAGAGCGAGCUAAGUUUUUCUGUUUCAGACGGAAUGAAAUGGAAGGUAUGCAAGAGACAGUGUUUUUUUUUUAUCUAAAAAUGAAGAUAAAUAUAUGAAUAAAGAGGCAAACAUUUUUGACGAGGAAAACUAAGGAGAUCCCAUAAGGCUUCGAGCUAAAGCCAGUUGCGAUCGAUGUAGCGGUUUUAUGCUUCUACGACUGUCGCAAAGGGGUUAGAAGUUUGGAAUUGGCGACCAAGCUAAACUAGCUUUUUUCCCAGUGAAUUACGGCCAGCUAAAUUGACCAAUCAUACUACGCACGUUCGAACUGAGAGAUAACAACGAUGAUAGAUCAUAUCGAAAGCAGCUUCCUUUUGUUGAGAUGGGGUACGUGCGGAAUAAUGGAAUAAAAGAAAGAAUGACUUCGCGGUAGAAGUAUUCCUGAAAAGUUCUGUUGUUGCCAAGAAUAACUGGUGGUUGACAAAGUGAAGGGAGCCAAGAAGCCUUAAAUCAAUUACUUGACCCCGAUUAUGACCUCUUCCCAAAUUGUCGAAACGUGAGUCUCUGUUAUAAACAACAGUCUCUCUUUGCCCGGACUAUCAUCUUCCGGACGAAGUUUUAGGUGAUCUACGCUGGCACUGGACGAGGAUAUUCGGACCAUCAAACCGAAGCUAAUUUGGCGAGCUCAUCAAUCUCGGUUGCGGAAAGAGGAAAUAAAUGUUAAAUACUAGAGAGAGGUAUAGGGAGAAGCUAUCGCGAUUGCGUGAAUUCGAGGGGUACCAGUUAAUUUGACGAUAAUAGAAAAACGGAAAUCAAACAUUGUUUUAUAUUUAUAGGAUAGCUUUUUUUUUCCUAGGAAACUAAGGACCUUGAGACAGCUAGUGUUGCGUCGAGCCAGGCUGGGAGUGUUCGUGGGAGAGCUGGGGAAAAUGGUGCCACGAUGGACCUAUCUAAUCAGCAAACACAAGUAGAGGUAAACACUUGACGCAAGGUUUCCAAUGAUGGAGUGUACGCUGUCAGGCAGCGGAGACUAGUGAGAGAGCACGCGCACUCUCCGCCCUUUUUCAUCAACGUAUCGGAAGAGAGCUUGUCACAAGCGAGAGCAUAGAAUGUUUAGCGAUAAUCCUUUCGUUAAUUUUUCUUAGAGGCAAUGGUGUGUCUGUCAUGCAAAACUACACCUUUUCACCUUCAAUACGUGAAAACUCCCUCUGGAACCUAUUUGAUUUGAUCUAGUCAAGUGAUUUACAAACUUUGAUAAACUGCCAACGUCUCUGAACAUGUGUACUGUAUUUUUU